GCCAUUUGGGUGAAAUCUGGGCAAGUAUUCAAGAGAAGGGCUUUUGCGUAGUGGCUGCUCAAGUGUUCCGGCUUUCAAAAGUGGAUGCUGGUGAAUUUCUUGAGGUUUACAAAGGUGUCAUUGCCGAGUACCCGGAAGUUGUCGAGGAAUUAACCUCUGGUCCCUGUGUCGCCAUGCAAAUUGCAGGCUCCUAUAAGGCCGAAGCUUUCGAUCCUAAUCGGGGACCCGAUGAUCCCCAAUCCGUCCAACAUCGAUUUCGCGAAUUUGCAGGCCCUAUGGACCCGGUGAGUUUUAUAUUUGAUUUUUUCAUUAAGAUAUUUUGCGGCAUUUUAAGACAUUUUACUUGCUUUGCCCGAUUAAUUUUUGAAAUACCAAAAAUUAUAUUUUGCGUAGACCAAUGUUGGAAGCUGUUACCAAGCCUACUGUCUACGAGCUGUAUGCUGCUCUGCAUAAGCAUUGAGUAUCUGUAG